AUGGAUCACGGGUAUCAAAAUACCGGCAGAACCCAUUUUGGAACAACUCCUCAACAAUUGGUUACACACUCGUUUUGCGACAGAGCUUCGCCAGUGUCACCCGUCACAAACAUCGGAAGUUACACUUCAUUUGUGCAACACGUAAAAGAUGACAACAAUAUGAAUUCGUUACAGCGCAAAGCACAAGUGAAAUUAAAUGCCAUGCCAUGGUUUCAUGGAAAAAUAUCAAGAGAGAUGGCUGAAGAUUUGCUAACACCAAAAGAAAAUGGUCUAUUUCUGGUUAGAGAGUCUACUAACUAUCCGGGAGAUUAUACACUUUGUGUUUGCUACAUUGGUAAAGUGGAACAUUACAGAGUAAAGUAUAAAGACAACCAACUUACAAUCGAUGAUGAAGAAUUUUUUGAAAAUCUAUCCCAAUUAGUCGAACACUACCAAAAAGAUGCUGAUGGACUAUGUACACAAUUAACCAAGAGUCUACCUAAAAAGGGUAAACAAGAAUUUUGUAUUGAUACCAAAUCUUUUAUUGAUGCCGGAUGGGUUAUCCAAGAACAGGAAUUACAGUUAAACGAAACCAUUGGCAAAGGGGAAUUUGGUGAUGUAUUAUUGGGAGUGUACAGAGGAGAAAAAGUAGCUGUUAAAAUGUUGAAAGACUCUAGUGUAGAAGCCCAAAAAUUCCUAACAGAAGCUUUACUUAUGACGUCUUUGAGGCAUGAAAAUUUGGUUGAACUUCUUGGACUCGUAUUAAAUGAAAAACAUUUAUUGCUAGUUACUGAAUACAUGGGUAAAGGUAGUCUUGUUGAAUAUUUACGAUCAAGAGGAAGACUUCAUGUUACCAAAAAAGAUCAAAUUAAUUUUGCUGUUGACACGUGUAGCGGUAUGGAGUAUUUAGAGUUUAGAAAAGUAGUUCAUAGAGAUUUAGCAGCUCGAAAUGUUUUAAUAUCAGAAGCCGGAGUAGCUAAAGUAGCUGAUUUUGGAUUGGCACGUGAAGAAAAUUAUAUUGUGGAUGCUGGAAAAUUGCCCAUCAAGUGGACUGCCCCUGAAGCACUUAGACAAGGAAUGUUCUCAAAUAAAUCAGAUAUGUGGAGUUUUGGAGUUCUAUUAUGGGAAAUUUAUUCUUUUGGUCGAGUUCCUUACUCUAGAAUACCAUUAAUUGACGUAGUAAAGCAUGUAGAAAAAGGUUAUCGUAUGGAAGCUCCUGAGUGUUGUCCUCCGGAAAUAUAUGAAAUCAUGAGACAAGCAUGGGACUUAUUUCCUGAACGAAGACCUACGUUCAAGGAUGUUAAGACCAAACUAGCACAAUUAAAAGCUGUAACUAUUAACUAA